UCUGAGUGAGACAACAGCUUCAAUUUCGGUUCAUCGUAAAGGUGAUAAAAAUGAUGAUCAAAAAUUGAAAUAUGAAGCACACGGUCUUAUGGUGUAAUGGUUAGCACUCUGGACUUUGAAUCCAGCGAUCCGAGUUCAAAUCUCGGUAAGACCUACUUAUACUUUUAAUAUUUUUUGUCGUGUACCCAUGUAUUUUUGACAAUGAAUGAGGGUAAAGAUAACAAAAUCGUCAGUAGUGUUGACGGGUGUGCAGAGAUGGAGAAAGAGAAAAGUAUGCCUAAUACUGUUGCAUGUUGCAUGCAAAAAACAGCUAAUGAUGGAGGUUCCAGUGCUUGUUGCUCUGAAAUGAUAAAUGAUAAAAACGAAGCAACGACCAGUAGUAGUGAUCAACAAAUGACAGAUUAUGAUCGGACAGUGACUGCUUGUAGUACCAAAGUCAGUGCUAUAAGUCUGAGUAGUUCUGAAGCUGUGGCUGAGUGUAGUAAGCCUGUGGAAAAAAAAGAUGAAGAACAAGCGGUAGUUGUAAAGGCAAAGCCCAUUAGAAAAAUUGUCAAGGGUCCAGUUAGGCUUAAUAAAAUACCACAGGAAAUAUUGGAUGAUCCUAAUAUUAAUGAAGCCAUCAAGUGCCUUCCAGAAAAUUAUAACUUUGAGAUUCAUAAAACUAUCUGGAGAAUAAGGGAGAGUAAAGCAAAAAGAGUCGCUCUGCAGAUGCCAGAUGGAUUAACAAUGUUUGCUUGUAGAAUAAGUGAUAUAAUUGAGGAAUUUACCGAUGCUGAUACUGUCAUAAUGGCUGACGUUACUUAUGGUGCCUGCUGUGUAGAUGAUUUCACGGCAAAAAGAUUGGGCGCUGAUUUUUUAAUACACUAUGGCCACUCUUGCUUAAUUCCAAUUGAUAAAACCAGUGGAAUCAAAAUGUUAUACGUUUUUGUAGAUAUUAAAUUUGAUACGGUCCAUUGUAUUGAAACGAUAAAAUUCAAUUUUCCAAAUACGACAAAAAUAUCUCUCAUUGGUACCAUUCAGUUUGCCAGUUCACUGCAAGCUAUAGCUACAGAGCUGAGAAAAUUUGAUUACAACAUUACAAUACCUCAAAUCAAGCCGCUUAGUCCUGGAGAGGUCUUGGGCUGCACAGCACCAAGAAUCAAAGAUGUAGAUGUACUGGUAUAUAUUGGAGAUGGAAGAUUUCAUUUAGAAGCGGCCAUGAUAGCUAAUCCCAACUUGCCUGCUUACCGUUACGAUCCUUACGAGGGUAAAAUCACGAUAGAAACUUAUGACCACGAAGAGAUGAAGAAAAACAGAAAAGAUGCAAUGGAUAGGGCAAGGAACGCUAAAAUGUUUGGAAUUCUGUUUGGCACUCUCGGAAGACAAGGUAGUCCAACUGUUCUGGACACAAUAACCAACCGAUUGCAGGCUUUGAAUAAAAAUUACAUGGUUAUACUGACUCCUGAAAUCAUACCUGAGAAUUUAAGAGACUUAAAAGACAUAGAUGCUUUUAUACAAAUUGCAUGUCCAAGGCUCAGUAUAGAUUGGGGAACCGACAUGUUUGAGCAGCCACUCCUCACACCUUACGAGGCAGCAGUGGUCCUCAAAAUGAUCGAGAUGGACGAAAAACAACCUUAUCCCAUGGAUUAUUACUCAAAUACGAGUUUAGGUCCAUGGACUCCGAAUUUCAAGCCGAGUGACUUGGCUAAGCCUAACGAAUCCUGCUGUGGUAAAUGCAAGGACGAAACAAAUACCGACAAACCGUGCAAAUGAUCCAAUCGGUCGAUUUAUUAUAGGCUUAUCUCAAUCAAAAUAAGAUAUUCGAUGACGGUAUGAA